AUGGCCCACCAGGCGACCCCUAGUUCCCAGAAGGCCCUGAUGAUGGAGCUGAAGUCUCUGCAGGAGCAGCCGGUGGAGGGCUUCCGCAUCACUCUGGUGGAGGAGUCUGACCUCUACAACUGGGAAGUGGCCAUCUUCGGUCCCCCAAACACCCUGUAUGAGGGAGGCUACUUUAAGGCUCACAUCAAGUUCCCAGUGGACUAUCCGUACUCUCCACCGACCUUCCGCUUCCUCACCAAGAUGUGGCACCCCAACAUCUACGAGAACGGAGAUGUGUGCAUCUCCAUCCUGCACCCUCCUGUCGAUGACCCUCAGAGUGGGGAGCUGCCCUCUGAAAGGUGGAACCCCACCCAAAACGUCAGGACUAUCCUGCUCAGUGUGAUCUCUCUGCUCAAUGAGCCCAACACCUUCUCCCCGGCUAACGUGGAUGCGUCUGUCAUGUUUCGCAAGUGGAGGGACAGCAAAGGCAAGGACAAGGAGUAUGCAGAGAUUAUCAGGAAGCAGGUAAUGUCAACAGCGGCGGAGGCUGAGCGUGAUGGCGUCAAGGUGCCGACCACGUUGGCGGAGUACUGCGUCCAGACCAGGGUUCCCUCCCAGGACAGCAGUUCAGACCUUCUCUAUGACGACCUCUAUGAUGACGACAUGGAGGAGGAGGAUGAGGAGGAAGACGAGAGUGAGAUGGAAUCCGUAGGAGAAGCCGGGGGAUUCAGCACCGCGGAGGACGGUGGGACAUCCACCAGACGUUACGACAACCAGGACGACUCUGGCAAUGAAGACUCAUGAUGAUCUGGAUGAUGACUCCUCCCUGCCAACCCCCCUGACCCCCCAAUACCCUCCUUAUUUUACGUGUUCCGUUACGAUUUUCAGUGUGUGUGUGCGUGUGUGUGCGUGUGUGUGUUUGUGUGUGUUUGCAAAUACAGUGGGGUCAAAAGUCAACUGCCAAAAACGUUUCAUCAUUUAUUAAACUGAUACAAAUAAUUGGUCAAAUAAUAGUUCAAUGUUAUUAACAUACUUUUUCCAAGAAAGGUUUGUUGGUUGUUUUCACUGAAAGUCAGAUUUGGUGUUUCCACCGUUUGCCUUAAUUACAGCUUGCACUCUGUCUGGCAUCAGAUGUUUUGCAGAGAACUGAAAUUAUUCCAGCACUUUUUGAGAGCACCGCCAAGUGUGUUUGUUGUUCCGUUUUUUUCUUGGCUUUUUUUUUUUGUUUGUUUGUUUGUAAAUCUUGCAGUCGAGGAUGCAGAAAUGAUGGCAUGCCUCUGCAGAAUAGCGUGGAUUUACUCUUUGGUCAGUGUGUGAUUGACCAUGUGCAAGUUACUGACUCCAGAUGAGGCAAAACAUCCCCACACCUGCACAUUUGCAUCAUCUUGUUUAACUCUAGUUACUGUUUUUAACUGUAGUUCGUAUGCCCUGUUGUAUUACUCUUUCAUGCAACCAACUCACACACAUCUCUGUAAGUUGUUUGGUUGCAACCAUGUUUCAAACUAAAGUUUCUGCAAGUCUUAAAUAGUGAAAUGAUAGUAUGCUUAAAUCUAAGCUAAACCAUUAGACUUCUGCUGUGAAAGAAGUGGCUUAGUGACUGUGAUAGUUUGUUAGUCCUGUAAAGGGACAGUUGACCCCCAAAUCAAAUAUAUUAAUAUUAUAAUAUUUUUCCUCUUAACUUUAGUGCUGUUUAUCAGUCUAGAUUGAUUUGGUGUGAGUUGCAAAGUGCUGGAGAUAGCAGCCGUAGAGAUGUCUGCCUUCUCUUGAAUAUAAUGGAACCAGAUGAUACUUGGCUUGCGGUGCUCAAAGUGCCAAAAAAUACAUUUGAAAAACUCAACAGCAAUGUCUCUUUCCAGAAAUUAUGACCCAGUUACGCAUGACAGUCCACAGACAUUGUUGUGGGUAGUUUCAUUUAGGAACUAUUGUUUUUCUGCCAAACUACACCCAACAACUGUAUCAUUGUGUAGAAGGAAGCAUGCAUCUACUCAUGGACAUGGCUCAUGCGCAAGAUGUAAACGUUAUGUUAGCGAGCUCAGGUGAGCUAGCAGUAGAUAGGUACUUCCUUCUCUGCAGUGAUACGGUUGGCAGGUAUAGUUCGGUUGAAAGCAAAUAGUUCAUACAUGAAACUGCUCAUAACAAGGUCUGUGGAGUAUUUUGAGUAACUGGGUCAUAAUUUCUAGAAAGAGACAUUGCUGUCGAGUUUUUCAAAUGUUUUAUUGGAGCUUUGAGCACCACAAGCCGAGUGCCAUCUAGCGCUUCUAUAUUCGGAAGAGGGCAGACAUUUCUAUGGCCAAUAUCUCCAACACUUAGCAAAUCACACCAGAACAAUCUAGACUGAUAAAUAGCACUACAGGUAAGAGGAGAAUGUGUGUUUUUGAUUUGGGGGUAAAAUGUCCUUGUCAGCUGGAGCAGCUUUGUUUGUAGUGUUGGCUUUGCAUCUUGGAUGUAGAUGCAGAAAGAUGCUGAUGUCUUGUCCUUGUUUGGAUGGGAAUGACUCGUUUUUGUGAAACUCUUUCCAGCCUUUCAAUCAGAGUCCUUUUAUCAUUUUCAUGCAUUAACAGUAAGUUACUUAGUGCUUGAAAGACUGUGAUAUUUAAAAUUGUGUUGGAGGAUACAUGUGUUAACAUUUGCAAACAUGGUAAGACGAGCUUUUUAGAAUCUUCCUAUCUCAUAUACCAGUCUGUCACUUACUUAAAAGCAUUUCCCAAAAAUAGAAAUAGCAUGUAACCAUUCUUAAUAACCUUCUGCAAAGUAAAAGAAUUCUUAGUUUUUGAUAAAUGAUGAAAACAAAUUGCCGCUGUGGUGGUCUCUUGAACUCCACUGUAGCUGGCCAGCUCUUGGUCUGGCUAGUACCAUGUCAGAUUGUCUGGUUUUGUGUUAAAAAAGUGUCUCUAUCCAUCGUGUCUUUUCUUUUUGUCUGUUUUUAAUGUUAUUCUUUUGUUUAGUUGGCUGCCAUUCUGUCCUCCCUGACUUUUCCCUUGUAUUUUUUGAGAGGGCUCAGACAGUCCGGCUGAUGGACACAUUAACCUGGCUCAUUAACCAGUCAAUGAGCUGGCCAGCUCGCCCUGUCGCUGUCCCUUGGUGUGUCCCGUGGCAGAAUAUCUCUGUUCCUCCCACGGCUGUCUGUUCGACUUUGAUGCAAUCAACUUAAAUUUGCAAACACAGGCUCCGUCGUGACUCCACCCUCUUGGGACCCACCUUCUGUAGUGUCCAUCACGACUGCUCCCUCAUGAUCCCUCAAAGCAACUGUCAUUUGGUUAGGGGUGGACAAGGUUCAGACCUUUUCUCACGUCACCUCCUACACCUCUCUCUGCCUCUUAAACCUCAGGGCCUCAAUAGACUUUCAGAGAGAAAAAACAGUCAAAGAGAAACUAAACACACAAACUGCUCCUCACCUCCACCUCCUUUUCUUAUUUUCUGCAUCACUGGGUGGUUGUAGAGGGCAGAGAGUGAACCGAAAGUCUCCAAACCCACCGCCAGCGUGUUUACACGUGACUGAGUGUCGCUGUUGGUCUUGAUUGGUCCUUUAAGUUGUUUUCUUCUUGGUAGGCUAGAGUCAAAUUCAAAAUCAAAACGCACCUGUUAGAACUUUGUCCUCGAGACAAUGCUCACAUGUUAUGUUGCAAUAGAUGUGAAAAUGUUCCGUUUUUCGCGCCGUGACUCCAACUUCCGCUUAAAUGCGACUUAGUGAAAAUUGGACGUUGUUACUGUGCUACCACAUCCAGAGUCUGUUUAUCGACAGGGACAAAAUCAACAUGCAGCUUAGCCACACAUUUGCAUUUGAAUGAAUAUGACACUGAUUGCCUGUUAUCUGUGCGUGCGUGUGCGUGUGUGUGUGUGUGUGUGUGUGUGUGUGUGGAUAUUUACAUUUACUAUUCAUCAUCUAUUGACUACAGUGUCAGGGUUUAAAUGUUCCUGUCUCUGUGGAACAGGUGCAGACUUCUGUCACACCAGUGAGUUUGUCCAAAUGACCUUCUGGACUUUGUUCAGUGGAGAAAACAUUGUGUGUUUGCACAGUGUUCUAGUGCUGUUUUGGUGAGGCCUGAACUGGCUGAGGAUUUGACUGAUUAAAAGUAAACACCCUCUGAGUAUUAAACUUUUGGACACA